AUGGGUACGAUUUCGAUAAGAAAGUUCAUUCGCUGGCUCCCAGACGAGGCCUCUGAGCCAACAUCGACUAUAGUCGUAACAUCACCACGCCUCAAGCGCUUCGUUGAUCUACGCAUUCUCCUCCCCGAUAACGACCCAUCAUGGACCGGUCAAGAUGACUGGGCCAUAGCCGGCACAACAGUAUCUACCAAAAUCCCCGACCCAGACGGAAACUUGACUUCCCACUCAACGUUCCAUCAAUGGAUAUCAUCCCGCACUCUCGACUCCGACGCCGGCUUCAUGUAUCCUCAACCAAACGAUCUAACCCUCGAAAAGGGAAGUAUGGUUAACCCUGAUACUGGAAUCGACACAGCGUAUGAAGAGCUGUGGCAUGAUGCUACGCCAACUGCUGUGCCUGGCGAACCAGCUGUCAGAGCGCUUGUUCUUCAAACGGAGGAUGAGAAGAACGGAGUGAGGGGCUCAGUAGUGAGAUUGGGAUGUUAUGCGCAGGGGCUGAUCAGAGUUGGAGAGAAUAUUUCACUCGAAAGAUGGGAGUGGAAAGAGGGGUGGAAGAGGACUAUUAGUAUGGGAGAUGCGGAAUUGCCGAUUGAGAAAAUUCUGGGCGAAGAGACAUUGAAAGAGGGGGACACGGUUGGUGUUGGUGGGAGAGAAUGGAAAGUUAUUGAAGAGAGUGGGAAAGAUGGGUCAAAGUUGUGA